CUUGACAAUUUACUUCUCAUUCUACCGGGUUCGCACCUUCACGCACCACAGUCCUUCAGCCUAUACUACGUUCCUUCUAUUCAAUUCAAUUGACUCCCCUCAACUCCAACCCAACAGUCAAAAUGGUCGGAGUCCCCCACAGCACAGGCUGCUCUCUCUGCCGCGAGCGUCGCAUCAAGGUACGCCCAUUCCCAUCUCCAUUCCAUCCCAUCACACCCCCCAUAGACUCCCACUUACAACCCAAAGUGCGACAAAGCAACCCCCUCCUGCACCCAAUGCCGCAAAUACGGCCGUCCCUGUCCAGGAUACCAACGAACCUUCCGAUUCCAAGACGAACGACCAGGUCUCGAACGCCGACACGCCUCGUCCACCGCCAGGUCCGCCUCGAACGCCGCAGCAGGCGCCGCAGCCGCAGCCGUGGUGCGCGACAACGCGCUGGCCAUGAUGCAUCGGCAGCAGGUGCAAGCGCAUUCCCAGACGCAGACACGGACACAGCCGCAGUCACAGUCACAGUCACAGUCACAACUCAACACCUUCGGCACCGCUCCAGGACACAUAAGCGGACUGCAGAGCGAACCCCACAAAGUCGACAACUUCAUCCGCACCGUCUUCCACACACUCUACCACCACAACCUGUUCCGGCUCUCCGACGAAGCCGAGAAUCUACCCGGCUACAUCGCUCGCAACGCGGGACGAAAGCCCUUCCAGGACGCCGCGGUGGCGUGUCUCACGUGCAUCUCGCGCGCGCAUGAAUCCGGCGACCAGUCGAUGCUCAAGACCGGGCGGCAUUUGUAUGCGCAGGCGCUGCGCGAGGUCGUGGCGGGGUUGUAUGGUGAAGAGGCGCUGUCUGCGGAUAUGUUGAGCGCGAUCAUGAUGCUGGCUGUGUAUGAGAUGUAUGCGCGGACGAGUCCUGGUGCGUGGGCGGUGCAUGUGGACGGGGUGAGGCGGUUGAUGAGAAGUAGAGGGGCCGAGGGGCAUGGGGAGGGGCUUGCGCGGUCGAAUUUCCUGGUCUUCAGGGGGUUUCUGGUCUUGGCGGCGUUGGGCGAGGGUGCGCCGUGUUUCCUGGAAGAGGAGGAGUGGCGGGUGGCGAGUUGGGGGACUGCGAGGGAAGAUGCGGCGAGGGGAGGCGCGGCGGCGCGGUGGGUGGAUGUCGAGGAGAGAGUGUUCGAGGAGGUGGUGCGACUGCCGAGGUUUGUGUCGGAGGCGAGACAGGGAGGAGAGAGAGUAGGGAGGGAGAUGGGAAGAACGAGGCAGAGACUGGAACAGUUGGGAUUGGAGUUGAGGGCUGGCAUGGAGGCUCAUGCGCCUCGGGUGAGGAUUGCAGGGGCGACGAUGCCGGAUGGCGGGCCCUGGUUGCUGCUGCAGGGCGUGGAGAGCGCGAUGGCGCUGCUGGAUGGAUUGCUGGCAAGACAGCGCAGUGAUGGGCGAUUCAGACCCUUUCGCAUCGUGUGCGGAUUGGACGGGGGUCCGUCGGCGAUGCCGCGCAUCGAAGGCGUCACUUGGCUGGACCAGGUGGCUUCGUCUUUGGGGAUGAUCGGGACCAUGGUGGUUGAUGGUCACUGAUCAGGAUGUCGAGAUGUGCCAUGUGCAACGAGUUUCUUUGACGACGAGUUUCGUUUGUUUUAUUGUUGUUGUUCUUGUUGAUGUUGACUCACA